AUGGACCAACCCCAGAUCAGACUUUAUGUGGAGGAAUAUUUUAAGAAUUUUCACAGAGCUGUGGAGACUACUGAACAUGGAGAGCUUCUCAACUGUACUCCACGAGUUCUGAAGGAGAUUGAUGUAUUUAGAUUGGAUUUGGUUCCAGAGCUUGCAAACUUGAUGUCUUUUGCCACGAGAGGUGGAGGUAUGGGUUUGAAAAUUGAUAUCCAAAAGGCUUAUGACACUAUGUCGUGGGAUUUCAUUUUUAAAGUUUUACGCAAGUUUGGGUUCUCCGAGAGAUGGAUAAGUUGGCUUCACAUCUUGCUUGCCUCUACCAGAAUUUCUGUGCUUGUUAAUGGUGGGCUGGAGGGGUUCUUUAGCGUUGAACGGGGGCUGCGUCAAGGUGAUCCCAUUUCACCUAUGAUUUUCAUCAUUGCAGAAGAAGUUCUUUGCAGAGGGUUGACAUCUUUGAUCUUGGAGAGGAAAGUGUCCCCUCUCAGGGGUCCGCGAGGCAUUCAAACUCCUAGUCACUACUUAUUCGUAGAUGAUAUAUUUAUUUUUUCUGACGCUUCUCGCAGAUGGCAGGCAAUUGUGGAGGAGUUGCAGAUUCCGGUCUGCAACUUUCCUACUAGAUACCUGGGGGUUGAGAUUGCUAAGGGUCGUGUUAAAAAGAACAUGUUGAUGCUGGUUAUGGAUAGAAUAAGACAGAAGCUUACAGGGUGGAAGGGUAAGCUCUUGUCUAUGGCAGGUCGAGUGGAGUUGGUGAAGACUGUGAUGUCCAGCAUGCCGAUCCACAGUUUCUCAGUGUACUAG